AUAAGUGAACUAACAUAUGCCAAAAGUCAACUGGCAGGGAUCGAACAGCCCGAUGGGAAACUACUUGGUGUGCCCUGGGAUAGGAAGCACGAUACUAUUAGCGUGACCCUCACCACAGACGCUGAACCUGUAACUAAGAGAAGCAUCUUGUCAAAAUUGGCACGAAUCUACGACCCCCUGGGCUUGGCUUCACCAACCACACUGACCGGAAAACUUGUUUAUCGGAGUGCGUGUGACAGUAAAAUUCCAUGGGAUGCAGACCUACCAGGCCCACUACGAAAGAAAUGGAAGGAAUGGAACGAAGCGCUCGAGUCCUAUACAAUCCCUCGGUCCUUAGCCUCAUACCAUCAACCAAUUCAAGAGAUCACCUUGCAUGGAUUCGGAGACGCGAGCUCAAACGGCGUUUGUGCAGUCGUCUAUGCAGUAGUCAAACAAGAGGAUGGAGUUACCCAGGGAUUGGUAUGUUCGAAGUCACGAAUAGCGAAGCAGAACUUGACCAUUCCACGUCUUGAGCUCAUAUCGGGACACAUGACUGUAAACCUAGCCACAAAUGUUCAACAAACUCUCACUACUCAUCCAGCAACUGUUCAUUGUUGGCUCGAUUCAUCCGUAGCGCUGUAUUGGAUCAAUGAUCAAGGUGAAUACCGACAAUUUGUGGCAAACAGAGUACAAAAGAUUCGUCAGCACGAGAAUGUUACUUGGCAUCACGUUCCAACAGCGGAAAACCCAGCCGACAUCGGAAGUCGGGGAGGAAAGGUCUCUGGGAACACGUUAUGGAAAGAGGGUCCAUCAUGGUUAAACAAUCCUGCAGAAUGGCCAGUUAAAACGAGUUCUGGAACCGACACCAGAUAGCAAAUCAGAAGCGAAAGUGAUUAAAGAAAUCUUCAAAGCUGCACACAUUGAAGAAGACAUCAUGGAUCUACUACUUGAUAAAUAUCCUUUACCGAAAGUGCUACGAAUUGGAGCGUGGGUUCGACGGUUCAUUCUGAAUUGUAAACGACAACCUGCACAGAGAGAGAAAGAGAGAGGUCCCAUCAACAGUCGCGAGGUUCAACAACAACGAGAAUGGUGGAUACGACGGGCCCAAGACGCAGUCAAACACGAUGCACGAUAUUUAGCCGACCGAGAGCGAUUAAACCUACAGGAGAACAACCUCGGAAUUCUGGAGUGUAGAGGCAGAAUUAUCGGAGGAUAUGUGCGUGGUCUUCGUGAGCAACACCGAAUGACUAGACCAAAAUCAAUGCAAUAUCCCAAAGUUAGAGAGAUCCGGAUUGUAAAGGAAGAUCAAAAACCAAGAAAUACCUGGAAACUUGCCAUAGUUAAUCAACUCAUCACGGGCAGAGACGGUGUAAUACGGGCAGCUAAGCUUAAAACUGCUGGUGGUAAUAACUACCUGGAACGCGCGAUACAACACUUGUUCCCGUUAGAGUUACAAUGCGAUAAAGAGAUUACAACUCGUUUAGAUCCAGAUGCACAAGAGUUCACACCCAGACAGAAGCGAAAUGCUGCAGCAGCAGCUACGUUACGCAUAAGAGACAUUGCAGAGGAUGAAAAGCAACUUUAA